AGACACCCUAUUACACAUUCUCAUUCAUUGCACUAACAUGGCUUAUCUCUUCAAUCCUCUGUCAUCAUCACUAUUCCUCAUUCUCUUCUCUUUGCUCAUCUCUCAAUCUUCAUCUGCCGACGUUCCUCUUAACACUUCCCUCCCGCCGGAAACCAUCUGCAACUCCACCCCACACCCUUCUUACUGCUUGUCCGUCCUCCCUCACAAAAAUGCCAAUGUCUACGAGUUCGGCCGCUUCUCCAUCCAACACUCUCUCCUCCAAUCCCAAAACCUAAUGGUCUCCCUCAACCAAUACCUCCAAAGUUACCGUUCUGCUUUAUCGCAAACCGCCAUUCAAGCCCUCGAGGAUUGCAAGUUCCUCGCGUCCCUGAACAUCGACUUCAUCUCAAACACCAUAAAAAAAGUUAACAGCAGCAGCGACGCCGUGCUUCCGAGCUCGGCCGCAGAUGAUCUCCAGACAUUGCUCAGUGCCAUCAUGACAAACCAGCAGACUUGUUCCGACGCACUCCAAUCUGUCACUACUGUCAAAGACGAGCUCUUAGUCCCGCUCUUAAACUGUACAAGUAUGUACAGCGUCUCUUUGGCUCUGUUCACAGAGGGUUGGGUGCCAAAGGAUCACAAAAAUGCUAACGGGAAGCCUAACCAUCUUAGUUUUCGAAAGGGUAGGUUGUCACUGAAAAUGUCGAUCAAAGCGCGUGGGGUCUACGACUGGGUGAUAAGUCGGCCAGGAAGGCGGCUUCUUCAGGCGGCUGGAGAUGAGGAAGUUGUGGUUAGGGACAUUGUGGUGGUGGGCCAGGAUGGAAGUGGGAACUUCACCACCAUCAAUGAUGCUAUUAAUGCAGCGCCGAACAACUCUGUUGCUAGUGAUGGGUAUUUCUUGGUGUAUGUCACCGCCGGUGUUUACGAAGAGUAUGUUUCGAUUGCGUCGAACAAGCGGUACUUGUUGCUGAUCGGAGACGGUAUCAAUCAGACCAUCAUCACCGGGAACCGCAAUGUCGUGGAUGGAUCGACUACUUUCGACUCUGCUACUUUAGCUGUGGUGGCAGAAGGGUUUGUGGGAGUCAACAUAACCAUUCGUAACACGGCUGGACCAAGUAAAAUGCAGGCCGUGGCGGUCCGAAACGGCGCCGACUUGUCAGUCUUCUACAGCUGCAGCUUUGAGGCCUACCAGGACACCCUAUACGCGCAUUCUCUCCGACAAUUCUACCGAGAAUGUGACAUCUAUGGAACUGUCGAUUUCAUAUUCGGCAAUGCUGCAGUUGUUUUACAAAACUGUAACAUCUAUCCUCGCCAGCCACUCAAAGGCCAAUCCAAUCCCAUCACGGCUCAGGGCCGAACUGACCCGAAUCAGAAUACGGGCACUUCCAUCCAGAACUGCACCAUUACAGCCGCUGCGGACUUGGCUUCGAGUAACUUCACUGUCAAGACAUAUCUAGGGAGGCCAUGGAAGGAGUAUUCGAGGACGGUUUACUUGCAGAAUUUCAUGGAUAGUUUGAUUGAUCCUGUUGGUUGGCUCGAGUGGAAUGGAGAUUUUGCACUGAGCACAUUGUAUUAUGCUGAGUAUGAUAACAGAGGACCUGGAUCAGACACUAGUAACAGAGUCACAUGGCCUGGUUACCAUGUGAUCAAUGCAACUGAUGCUGUUAAUUUUACAGUGUCUAACUUUCUGGUAGGGGAUAGCUGGUUGCCUCAGACAGGUGUGCCUUAUACUGGUGGCUUUGUUUGAGCAACCAUUCAAACUUGAAUGUUCAAUUUCUUUUCGUUGUAAUUUGAAGAAACAUUUCAAACUUUUCAAGCUUAGCCAUAUAGCAUAUGUUCAAGUAUGUUUCCCUUUCAAAUUGGGAAAUGUAGAAUUUCAAAUAUACAAUUAUUUUCCAUUGACUA